GGGUUAGUUCGCAAUUAUUGCUGCUAUUAGGCACGCGUCAUGAAACAAAAAAUACCUAAUGAGUGCGGGAGAAUAUACAGUGCGUGAAUUAUAUUAUUUACAAUAAUUACAAUAAUUCAAUAUGGAAAGUGAAACUAAAAAUACUCAAAAUGGAACCACUAUAAGGUCCGCUCCAGAAACACCUAAAAAGAGACACAAACCGAAUAUUUUUUCGAAAAUAUUUCUCUGGUGGAUAUGUCCGGUGCUCGUUACCGGUAACAAAAGAGACGUAGAAGAAGAAGAUUUGAUAACUCCUACUAAAGCAUACGAUUCAGAAAAACAAGGGGACUAUUUUGAAAAAUAUUGGUUUGAGGAAGUGGAACGAGCGUUAAGAGAGAACAGAGAACCGUCGUUAUGGUCGGCCAUGUGGAGGGGGUACUGGCUACAGUUCAUGCCCUCGGCGGUUUUGAUCCUGAUAAUCACCACAGCCAGGACUGCCCAGCCGCUGAUGUUUUCUCAGCUGCUUUCAUACUGGUCGGUGGACAGUACGAUGUCCAGGUAUGACGCCGGCUUCUACGCGUUCGCCAUGUUGGGCCUCAACUUUCUCGCGUUGAUGUGCCAUCACCACAAUUCACUUUUUGUAGUACGAUUCGGUAUGAAAGUUAAAAUUGCAUGCUCAUCACUUCUGUAUAGAAAGUUGCUUCGGCUGAGUCAAGUGUCAGUGGGAGAAGUGGCGGGUGGUAAACUGGUGAACUUGCUGUCGAACGACAUCGCGAGGUUCGACUACGCCUUCAUGUUCCUGCACUACUUGUGGAUCGUCCCAUUCCAAGCCGCAGUUGUGCUCUACUUCUUGUAUGAUGCAGCAGGAUAUGCUCCUUUUGUUGGACUCUUCAGCGUUGUGAUACUUAUUUUGCCACUUCAAGCUGCCCUGACCAAGCUUACUGCUGUGAUCAGAAGAAGUACUGCUAAAAGGACUGAUAAAAGAAUCAAAUUGAUGAGUGAAAUUAUUAAUGGUAUUCAGGUCAUCAAAAUGUACGCCUGGGAAAAACCCUUCCAGUUAGUCGUGAAGUUAGCUCGAGCCUAUGAAAUGACUGCCCUCAAGAAAUCCAUCUUCGUGAGAAGCAUGUUUCUUGGGUUUAUGUUGUUUACUGAAAGAAGUAUCAUGUUCAUCACAGUAUUGACUCUCGCGCUCAGCGGUACCAUGAUCUCAGCUACAAUUAUCUACCCAAUACAACAAUUUUUCAAUAUUAUCCAAUUGAAUGUGACAUUAAUCUUGCCGCUUGCAAUUGCCAGCUUUUCUGAGAUGAUUGUCUCCUGCGAGCGUAUUCAAAGUUUCCUUAUCCUGGAUGAGCGGUCAGACAUGCAGGUGACUCCAAAAGUAGUAGGCAAAAACAGAUUGUUUAACUCCAAAAACCAGUUAGAACCGGGUGACGUGAUGCCUAAGAAAUAUUUGGCUAGCGAUAUGUCAGUUUCAAAACAAGAGGAAACAGCUCAAUGUGAUUAUCCCAUAGUGAUAAAUAGAGUUAAUGCCUCCUGGACUGGCAGUGACAAACCGAAAGAAAUGACUCUCAAAAAUAUAAGCAUGCGUGUUCGGAAGGGCAAGUUGUGUGCUGUUAUUGGACCUGUAGGUUCCGGAAAGACUUCUCUACUCCAAUUGCUGUUGAGAGAGUUACCAUUGACAGACGGUACCCUGAACAUUAAGGGGAAGAUGUCUUACGCUUGCCAAGAGUCUUGGCUGUUCCCGGGUACAGUUAGAGAAAACAUUAUUUUUGGACUCCCUUAUGAUGUGCAAAAAUAUAAAGAGGUCUGCAAAGCGUCCUCAUUGCUGCCAGAUUUUAAACAGUUCCCGUAUGGCGAUUUAUCUCUAGUGGGAGAGCGAGGAGUGUCUUUGUCUGGUGGGCAGAGAGCUAGGAUCAACUUAGCUAGAGCGAUAUAUCGAGAGGCUGAUAUUUACCUGCUGGACGACCCUCUGUCGGCAGUCGACGCUAAUGUGGGCAGACAGCUGUUCGACGGAUGCAUCAAGGGCUACUUGGGCGGGCGCACCUGUGUGCUCGUCACUCAUCAGAUCCAUUACCUCAAAGCUGCUGAUUACAUCGUAGUUUUAAAUGAUGGCUCCAUUGAGAACAUGGGCACUUACGAAGAGCUUGCUAAGUCUGGAACCGAAUUCUCUCUCUUGUUGUCCGAUCAAGCCGGCAAUAGCGACGUCGGUGAUGCGAAAACUAAAAGACCAUCAAUGCUCCGAGGUAUAUCUAGGAUCUCAAUAAAGAGUCAAGAAGAUCAGGACGAAGAAGAAAAGGCUCAAGUUUUGGAAGCAGAAGAGCGAGGAACGGGCAGUCUGAAGUUUGAGGUCAUUUGGGCGUACAUAAAGGCAGUCCAAUCAUGGACCAUUGUGGUCCUUGCGUUGAUUUCUCUGCUCAUCACGCAGGGAGCGGCCACCACAGCGGACUACUGGCUUAGUUUCUGGACAAAUCAAGUAGACGAAUACGAACAAUCAUUAGAAGUCGGACAACUCCCUGAUACCAGUUUAGGCGCUGAAAUUGGACUACUUACAACAGCCCAGUAUCUGAUCGUUCUUGGCAGCGUAAUAUUGGGAAUCAUAAUUGUUUCACAUCUCAGAAUUUUCGUUUUUAUGGUUAUGACUAUGCGAGCUUCCCAAAAUCUUCAUAACAUUAUUUAUGAGCAACUGAUUGUAGCAGUGAUGCGAUUUUUCGACACUAAUCCUUCAGGACGUGUCUUAAACAGAUUCUCCAAAGACAUGGGAGCAAUGGAUGAACUUCUACCGAGAAGUAUUCUGGAAACUAUUCAAAUGUACCUCUCUCUCGCGAGCGUGUUGAUAUUGAACGCCAUAGCUCUGCCGUGGACGCUGAUACCCACCGCAGUACUAUUGGUUGUAUUCGUGUCAUUCUUGCGGUGGUACAUCAAUGCUGCGCAGGCAGUGAAACGAUUGGAGGGAACAACUAAGAGUCCGGUGUUUGGAAUGAUAAGUUCUACAAUUUCGGGGCUAUCAACAAUCAGAAGUUCAGAUUCACAAACUAGACUGCUCAGGACUUUUGACAGUGCUCAGGAUCUUCACACCAGCGCCUUUUAUACAUUUAUGGGCGGUUCAACAGCAUUUGGAUUGUACCUAGAUGCUAUGUGCUUAGUUUAUCUCGGAGUUAUUUUGGCAAUCUUCCUUUUAGGAGAUUUCAGUGAUAUUAUUCCGGUCGGUAGCGUAGGUUUGGCGGUCAGUCAAUCCAUGGUGUUAACAAUGAUGUUACAAAUGGCUGCCCGAUUCACAGCUGACUUCCUCGGUCAGAUGACAGCAGUCGAGAGAGUCCUUGACUAUACUAAGUUACCAUCAGAAGAAUAUAUGGAGAGUGGACCAACCACGCCUCCAAAUGAUUGGCCCAAAGUAGGGCAAGUGGCGUUCAAUAACGUAUACUUGAACUAUUCACCUGAUGACCCGCCUGUACUCAAGAAUUUAAAUUUCGUAAUCAACAGCGGUUGGAAGGUUGGUGUAGUCGGAAGAACUGGCGCUGGAAAAUCAUCUCUCAUAUCGGCUCUGUUCCGACUUUCGAAUAUAACCGGUAAAAUCACAAUCGAUGGACUCGAUACAGAGGGAAUAGCUAAAAAGGUUUUGAGAUCAAAAAUAUCAAUAAUUCCACAAGAGCCAGUCCUGUUCUCAGCCACGCUGCGAUACAAUUUGGAUCCGUUUGACGACUACAGUGACGAAGAUAUUUGGAGAGCACUAGAACAGGUGGAGCUGAAGGAUGGAAUACAAUCUCUCGAAUUUAAAGUAACGGAGGGCGGGAGUAACUUCUCGAUGGGACAAAGACAGCUUAUAUGCUUAGCUCGAGCCGUGCUGCGAUCGAAUAAAAUACUUAUCAUGGACGAAGCCACCGCCAAUGUCGAUCCUCAGACCGACGCUUUGAUCCAAAAGACUAUUCGUCAGGAGUUCGCCACCUGCACAGUGCUCACCAUUGCUCACCGACUGAACACCAUCAUGGAUUCUGAUCGAGUGCUUGUCAUGGACAAGGGUGAAGCGGUAGAGUUCGACCACCCCCACAUCCUGCUCUCUGACCCCAACAGCGUCUUCAGCUCCAUGGUCAGAGAAACCGGAGAAAACAUGGCCAAGAUUCUGUUUGAUGUCGCUAAGAACAAAUAUGACAGCGACAACAAAACUGCCUAAUAAUAGAUUAGGUAAUUUGAGCUCAGUUUUGCCAGAAUUAUGAUUCGAAUUUGUAUUGUGUUUGUAUGUUUCCAUGACAAUAACAGUUUCCUAACAGAAAGCACAAGCAAACAAAAUUAUGGCAAAACUAGUUCUAAAUAGUCUACCAUAUUUACGACACAGGGUUUACAUGUUUGUAAUGUAGUGAUAUCAGUAUGUUAUUUAAAUGCAGAAUUCGUUUCAUAA